AUGUCAUCGCAACCCUUCCUGCCGCUCUCGGAUGCUCAGGGCUCGCCGCGACUUCGACCACGACGACCGAGCUUGGAGCCGGAACGCGAGAUCCUGUCCACGCGUGGCCAGCGCAUCUGGUCUCUUCUCCCGGAUCGCGAGUCCAGUACCAGUCUGCAGGAUCUCGAAGAGCGUGCAUCGGAAUAUCCGACAUAUGUGAGGAGAGGGUCACACCUCAUUGGGCACCGCAAUGCGCGCUAUGACUGGCAGCAGUACUAUCGACCACCAGAUGCCUUGAAGGGGGUUCGAAAAGCAGUCCGCCAGUACUAUGAGCGCAAUAAUGAGUUGAUCUCUCAAUAUCUCUUUAUCGAUCGCUUGCUCGACUCGUCACUUCCUCACACUCUGAUCGAAGAUUAUUCGAAUCAUCAUGGUGGUCUACGUGGAACCAAUGGCAAGGGGAAAGAUAGCUCCCUGGACCGGACGGAGACGGAGAGGGAUCAUUCUUCGACCACAACAGUCCAGGCGAUCUCAAAGGGUACACGAGUGAAGCGGACGCCUCAUAACCUCUAUCGUGUCCCCGAUGAGACGGUCCCUUUGCUCCCAGAUGAGGAUCCAGAGCGCUCGAGAGAGUCUGGUAGAUCUGACCUUGAUGACUCCGACUCGGAUGUCCAGCAGCGCCUCUCCCCGGAGGCGGAAGAGCGCUUGGUUAACCUGGCUAUUCGCAUCAACUUUGCCGCCAACGUCAUCCUUCUCGUUGCCAAGAUCGCCAUCAUGGCCCUGACGAGCUCCAUGUCCGUACUGGCAGGCCUCGUGGAUGGGAUCCUCGAUUUCCUCAGUACAGUGAUUAUUUGGACUACCACCACCCUGAUCCGCCGACAAGACCGCCGACGGUAUCCCAUCAGUCGCCGUCGCUUGGAACCCUUGACCGUGCUGGUUUUCUCUGUGAUCAUGGUAACAUCGUUCCUUCAGGUUGCACUCUCAUCGGCGAACCAGUUGAUUGGAGAUGAUCACUCCAUCGUGGCGCUAUCAAUGCCUUCAAUUGCUCUGAUGGCCGGCACCGUGAUCAUCAAAUUACUCUGCUGGAUCUGGUGUCGGCUAAUCCCGAGUCCCAGCGUUCAAGUCCUCGCUCAGGAUGCGAUGACCGAUGUCAUAUUCAACACGUUUAGUAUUAUUUUCCCCUUGAUUGGUGCUUUUGCGCGCCUGUGGUUCCUUGACCCCCUAGGUGGUCUUCUCCUGUCUCUGUACGUCAUGUGGAAUUGGGGUCAAACCGCGAGUGAAUACAUUCGACGACUCACCGGUGCGGCUGCGUCCCCGAUCGACCACAGCAUUCUCUUAUACAUGACGAUGCGUUUCUCCCGUGUGAUUCAAAAGAUCCAGGACCUCAAAGCCUACUACGCCGGCGACAAGUUGAAUGUCGAGGUCGACCUGGUCGUCGAUGAGCAGACAAGUCUUCGAGAUGCUCACGACGUGGGAGAAAGUCUGCAAUACAUCCUGGAAAGUGUACCAACCGUGGAUAGAGCCUUUGUGCAUCUCGACUAUGACCCGUGGAAUCUACCCAGUCACAUGAACCAGCUGGAGCGUUGA